AGUUCAGCUUUAAUAUUGCAUUGCACACGUUAUUUAUGUUUUAUACAUGUUAAAAGGCACCAGGUGACAUUUCGGGUUUCGGCUUUGCGAGCGUUUACUUUUAUAAAACGUGCACGGAUGAUUUAGAUUGGAUUCUGUGAAGCGGGGUGUUGCAAAGCUUGUGCAACUUCUUUGCACAGGCAGGUGCAGGAGUUGGGUUGGUGCGUGCCCGUGCACACAGAUUGCAAAAAGAGUGUUUAGAGACACUCGAGAAGCAAGAGGACAACGCCGUGAGAUGGUCUGGGUAACAUCACUGUGAUGGAUUUGACUAAAAUGGGUGUGAUCCAUCUCCAAAACCUUGGCCACCCCACCGCUCUCCUGCAGAAGGCCAACCAAAUGCGCCUGUCUGGGACAUUGUGCGAUGUGGUCAUUAUGGUGGACAGCCAAGAGUUCCAUGCCCACAGGACUGUCCUAGCGUGUGUCAGCAAGAUGUUUGAAAUCCUGUUCCACCGAAACAGCCAACACUACACCCUGGACUUCCUGUCACCAAAGACUUUCCAGCAGAUCCUGGAAUAUGCCUACACUGCCACACUACAGGCGAAACUAGAAGAUCUGGACGACCUGUUGUAUGCUGCGGAGAUUCUGGAGAUCGAGUAUCUAGAGGAGCAAUGUCUGAAGAUCCUGGAGACCAUUCAGUCUUCUGAAGAGAACGACGUUGACAUAAACAUGAAUGAGAAUGGGACAGAAGACGAUGACGAGCGCAGGAUGAAGUAUUUGAAGAGCGCAUUCUCGAAAAAGCAUUCCAUACAGGAGGCAGGGUACAACAAUGCCGGCCGCCAUCGACUGUCCAUGGUCAAUGUGGUUGACAAGAAGCCUUUAGUCUCGACACCCUUGGGCCUUCCGACUAUCAGCCCCACAAAAACCGCUGUGGAGAGUCUGAUGAGCAUCGGCCAGUCUAUCCUAGAGGGCACUGUGCCACAUAGCAUCACUUCCCUUCAAGAAAACACGCCUCCACCUCUGGACAAGGUCAAGAUCGAGAUGAUGCAGGUAGACGAGGAGUACGGUCACGAAGGCAACUCUUCAAGACACUCAGACGGCACUGGCGAAUCCAAAAACAGGGGCACCCCAGGAACCCCCACAAGAGGAAGCGUGAUCACUAGCGCCCGUGAGCUCAGUUCCACCGACGGUACUCCUGAAACACACGAUGCCAGCCAAGUGGGGCCGGUAAACAUCGCCGGUCUGGCUGAGAGACACCUUGCUGCGUUCUAUUCCAUGCCAGCUAACUAUAAAAGUGAGAGCGUGCUGCCCAUGCCUGUGUCCAUAGCUUCUUCGAUGCACAUGCCACCCGCUAUUGCAAUGUCUCCAGACUUUAGUGCCUAUGGAGGGCUGUUCCAGCAGAGCUUCAUUCAGCGGGAGUUCUUCAGCAAGUUGAGCAAUUGCACAGCGGGCGCGAAACGGGAGGGCCAGAGCCGACGGGAACGCUGCGGCGUGUGCGACAUGGAGCUGCUCGACAAUGAGACUGCAGAGCAACACAGGAAACUGCACAGCGACACAAAAACAUUUGGUUGUGAGUUCUGUGGAAAGCACUUCUUGGACAGUUUACGGCUGAGGAUGCACAUGCUGUCUCACUCAGAUGGACCAAAGGCGCUGGUGUGUGAUCAGUGUGGGGCUCAGUUCUCUACAGAGGAAGCACUGGAGGCUCAUCGGCAGACUCACACUGGCACAGACAUGGCUGUGUUUUGUCUGCUUUGUGGGAAGCGCUUCCAGACUCAGAAGGCACUGCAGGGCCACAUGGAAGUCCAUGCCGGUGUUCGCAGCUACAUUUGCAGCGAGUGUGAUCGUACUUUUCCCAGCCACACGGCACUCAAGCGCCACCUCCGCUCCCACACAGGUGACCAUCCAUACGAGUGUGAGUUCUGUGGGAGCUGUUUCCGGGAUGAAAGCACACUGAAGGGCCAUAAACGCAUCCACACUGGAGAGAAGCCCUACGAAUGUAACGGCUGUGGCAAAAAGUUCAGUCUUAAACACCAGCUGGAGACCCACUACCGUGUCCACACAGGUGAAAAGCCGUUCGAGUGUAAGCUGUGCCACCAGCGCUCACGUGACUAUUCUGCCAUGAUCAAACACCUACGUACCCACAACGGAGCUUCGCCGUACCAGUGUACCAUCUGCCAGGAGUACUGCCCCAGUCUGUCGGCCAUGCAGAAGCACAUGAAGAGCCACAAGCCCGAGGACGUCCCUCCGGACUGGAGGAUCGAAAAGACCUACUUGUACCUGUGCUACGUGUAAGACGGAGGACAGAAGAAGAGAAAAAAGGGGAGCAGCUGGUAUCUGUGUUUCAGUUACUCGUUUUACUAAAAGCCUGGGCCAAAGAUGGACAGGAAAAGUAAUCAACUGUGUUGUGAGACAAUGUCUUUUUAUUGUUGUUUGAUAUGAACAUAGAUUUAUUUGCAGCUGUCUUUAAUGAAAAUAUGCAGUUCGCGUCUUGAGAAAAGGACUUUUAUGAAAGUAUAGGCCUCUAAAAGUACUAUGAUACAGUAUUUGAUUAUAUUCAAACCCACCACAAGUGGGUACAAGUGAUUCCCGAUUAGAAAAUGAAAAACUGCCACUCCCUUUAUUCCAGCUGAAAAUUUGCUGCACUACAUUUCAUUUUUUUUGAGUAAUAUUCAAUAACAUUGUGUUCUUUUUUUAUUCUUUUGUAUUCACACAUGUGUAGAAGUGUAGAAUUCUCAUUCGAACCACCUGUCAAAACGAACAAAAAAUAUUUACCAUCACAUUCAGAGUUAAAGCGGAUAAUUAGGUGAAGUGCGGCAGAAAUAUGCCGUGAUCUAUGAAGACUUUUUAAAAAGACAUCUGUUCAGAAGUGCAGGCGUAUCACACUUACUUAGUUGAGUGUUAAAAGCACUUCAAGGUGGCCAAUUAACAGUAACCGAAAUUCUGCUGUAUUAAGGAGAACACCACAUUAAGGACAUUCAGGGAUGUUGAAUAGAAAAAAACCCAUUUAGAAAAACUACACUGUGCACUUUCACAACUGACAUCACAACCACAAUGUACAGGAUAUUCAUUACAUCCAGAUUGUUUACCAUUACUUCACCAUAUAAAUAAUGCCUGGUAGACUUUUUCUUUACAUUUAAGUGAGUAUUAAAUGUAACCUGGUGGCUGAACGAUUACAAAAUGAUAACAAACCAAAAUCUUACAGGAGACUCAAAAAUUUGAUUGGAAAUGCUUUCUCACACUGUGAUUAUACAAACUGGCAAAAGAAAUGGUUGCCAGGUUUUGCCAAGGAUAUCUUUAGAAUGUCUUUUUGUUUGUUUAUUUCUGUUUUAAUCAGAAAUCGGUUUACAUAAAAAGUUUUAGCUUGUCAGUGUGCACAUUUUAAAUUGUAUAAUCAGGGUUAUUAUUGUCAACCAAAACUGUCAACAACUGCUAAACAUUACAAAUAGCUUUGUAAUACUUUCUUUAAAACAGUCAAGGCGGUGGUAGCUUUGUGGUUAAGGUACUGGACUAGUCAGCAAAACCAGGUUACCGCUGUUGGACCCAUGAGCAAGGGCCUUAAACAUCAGUGGCUUGCACUCACUCACAACUGUAAGUUGUUUUGGAUUAAACUGCCAAAUACCGUUUUAUAAAAGUAUUUAAAAAGUACAAAUGUGAACUGCAAGAACUAAACCACCCCCCUUGCACACACACACACCAAAACAAUUGGUUUGUUUUCAGCCUGCUUUUGUGCUGUGAUCGUUUUGUAUCAUCAAUCUUUAAGCCACAACAGUGUUUUGAUACACUGAUGCAGUUUCAGUGACUUUAUAUUCCCAUUUCACACUAAUCACGCUCAUUAUGUCAAUAAUCUUUCGUUAGUGCCGUGUAUUAAUUCUUUAACUGUUGUACAUUGUAUAGAGAUUAAUCAUACAACAGGCUGAAUGUUCAAACAGAUUACGGAUAUGAAAUAUGGAGAUAAAAGUAAUCUAAAUUUUAGAUGAAUGGCCAGUAUGCAGUAUUCAGCUGUUGAGAUUUUACUUUUUUACUGUUUUAGCUUUUAUGGUUUGUUGUUUGUUUUUACUUGAAAUAUCUUUUUUAAUACUUUCUCUCACUUUCUGCUUUUCUGCAAUCAGGAGGAGGAUUCAGUUUAUUAGUCAUAGCUUAAUCAUAAUGAGGGGUGGAAAUAACACAUAUUUUAUAAAAUGUGUUACAUUUGAACAUAAUCUUCAGUAAAAUAUUGCAUUCAUAACUACUUUCUUUUGGUCCAAAAACAUAUUAGACACACCAGGCGUCAAUCCAUUGCAUGGCAACACAAACUCACCCAUACACUUGGAAAGAAACCAAAGUAGGAUGUAGGAACCUUACAUAGAUACAGACAGAUGAAGAACAUGCAAAACUCAUCAGGAUUAAGCCCAGUUCUUCAAUGACAUCAUAAUUCAGUACAGUAUUAUUUCUUUCUUACAAUUAAACUGUAGUUUCAGAUCAAAGAGGUGGAACUGACCAAAACCUUUUAACAGAAUUUAAAUAAAACCUUAAUCGAUCCCUUAAAAUGUGAUUUCAUGAUAAUUUAUAAUUUUGCUGUGUCGUUGUAUUUUUAUAUUAAUUCCCAGUUUAAGUAAACAUUUCACACAAUGAAUUUAUCUUUAAUACAAUAACAUACUCUUCAUCGGUCUGUUUUGCACAUUUUCUUGUUUUUAUAAUUUGCAUUAUUUCAAAUUUAAUCUUAUUCUUAAUUCACACAAAUUUUGAUUUACUUGACUGACAUCAGAUUGACACUCCAUCUAACAGUAAAACAAAUAUAUAUAAAUAUCCUGACUGGUUAAUAAGAGGAAUUUUAAAAGGGAAAAAAUUAAGCUAUGGUAUAAGGGAGAAACUUGAACAUUGUGAUUAAAAGUGUUGUCUCAUUAUGUGAAAUUAAAGAUGUUAAAGGACGUGGAGUACAAAUAGGUACAUACAUUGUGUUUAAAAGUAAAAAAAAAUAAUAAGAAAGAUGCUUUCCUGUUAAGCAAAAAAAUAUCUUCACUUUCAGAUUAGCCAAAUGUGGCACUUUGUUUAAAAAAUGUUGUAUUUUUGUAUCCUGUAACGUGCUAUACAUGUCCACUUGUUUAUAUUCAAGUGAGUCGAGUACUUUUACAGUAACUUUUAAAUUGUGUAUGUUCUUGAUUUUGUGAUUUUUUCUCGUGCCUCUUUUACAAUGUUGACAAUGUUCAGUAGUAGGUGUAUGUACAGCUCAUAUUGUGGUCGCUGCUGCUGGGUGUUAAUUCGUUGACGGUGAUCUGCUCAAAUUUGCAGGUCUAAAGUCUCGAAUUCAGCAUUGAUAAGCACAACAUUUUUAUGUACUUGUAUCGUGUUCACUACAUUCUCACUGUGAGAGUCACGUCAAGAGUUAUAUGCAGGUUUGUGUACGUGCAAUGUGAGUCAAAACUAUUAUUGUGCGUGCACUGUGAGUCAAAACAAUUAUUUCAGUGUUUAAAUGCACUAUGUGUGAUGAAAAAAUAUUCUUCCAUGAAUCUACAGCAAGACUUUUGCAUUCUUUCUUUAUGGUGUUAAACAGGGUUGGGCAGAAACAAUAUGCAAGGCUAAUAGACUGAAUAUACAUAGUCCCAAAUGUAUUAACUAAUGUAUUCUGUUAAACACAUGCAUUAUGAAACAUAUUUAGAAUACAUAUUCACACAAAAUAUCUAAAUAACACUAUCUCAGUGUUAUUGGUAAGGACAGUGUCCAGUGCUACAGUGUAUGUGGCCUAAUAAAUGUGUAUUUAAACCUGUUUAAAGGUUUAAAGGGCUUACUGAGGCUUAAGCCCUUGGUCCCAAAAGAUCACAAAAUCCAAUACAAGCAGUUAUAUAAAAAUAUAUACCUGUUAAUUGUAAUAAAAAUAGACAAAAAUAGCCUCCAACAUAAAUUAAACCUAAACCAAAGUACAGAGAAAAAUGUUUGUAUUAUGCUGCAUGUAUUGCUAAAACUAAACUACACUAAAUAAAACACUAAACUGAAUUAAUUUAGUUUAAAAGGUUCUGUAAAAUCUAAAGCUAGUCAUUUCCCAAAUAACAAAAACACAUAUGAACUCUUUAAACUGACAAAACCUGAACUGAAUUUGAUAAAGAAAAAUGUAAAAACUAAAUAAAAACCUUAAUUUUAAAACUACAAAAUUCCUGGAAAGAAAGUGUGAGUUUCUGUCAGGCACAUCAAGUGUGGCAACCAAAAUGCUAAACCACUGAGAUUGACGUGCUAAAUUGCCAAAACAAUAAAGAAACCAACAAAUAAUUAAACAAAAAAGAGGUUUAAGCCUUUUUCAAGCCUUAUUAGUAAAACCUUAUUUUUUAAGCUUUUUAAGGUUUAACAUUUUAAAAUGAUCUCCCCCAUCAUCUCUCAAAAAAGCAAAUGUACUUUGAAUACAUGUCAAAAUAAAUCCUGGACUGAAUACAUUUUUGUAAUUUGUAUUUUAAAUACUUGCAAUCUGUUACUGCCCAACCCUGCUUAAUAGAAAUAGAAUAUUAAAACAAACUGAGCACAGUCAGGGAUGCCAUCACAAACUGCACACUUUCAGAUCAAAAAUGUAAAUCUCAGCAAAACUGUCAGCACUGAAAAAUGAUUUUGUUUCCUUUAGGCAGUUGGUAUUAUUAGCCUCUGCUGUGAAUGUACAAUGCAAACAAACUUCAUAGCAUUUGCAGUAAACAUAUUAGACAGCACAGACGACAAAGUGGCAUCCCUGUGGCAUUGUGUUAUCAGUCUGAAAGCGCCAUUUUUUCUCAGUGCCAUUCUCUUAUAAUUUGAUAAAUGCUAGCACUGAGAACUUACAUGGGACCAAAUGGAUUUAGCUAGUUAAAUCGUUAUAUUUUUUUCUUUAUUGUGAUGUGUUUACUCUUAUGUUGAAAUGAUUUGCAAUUAUUGUCGUUAAUGUUACUGUCUACCUCAGCACCAAUUCUUUAUGUAACGUUAAAAGGUGCCCAAUUACAAUUGUUCUUUUUUUCUCUCUCUUUAGUGCAUACAUGCAUUUUGUUUCUUAGCAGGCUCUUUGUUAGGUCGUUUGUUGUAAAAAAUUUUCUCAGUAUUUUCAGCAUAUGCUGUCCUGUUGCACUGUGUGGUGAAAUUAAUGCUGCAGACUGAGGUAGAUUCCUUUCUCUUCUCUCUGUGUGAGUUCAAACACAGCUUUGUGUAACUUAGUGUUGUCUGGAGUGUGGAAAAAUAAAGAAUCAAAAGAGAUUAAAAA